UUUUACGCGCCAAAUGGCACCCAAAGUAAAGAGAAUAGAAAACCUUAAGGAGGGAGGGGACAUGGACAUCCUAGGCGAGGCGCAGAACGACAGUGAGAAGCGAUGACAUCGUGGUACGGACCGUUGAUCGAUCUCUCAAAAGCUUCUCAUCACGUGGGCCACUUCGUCCAGCUUCUCGUUUUCGUCCAUCGUUCCACUCCUCUGCAGUAUAAAUUAUCCAAAGGCGGAGAAAUUAUCAGGACCGACAUUCAGGUUGGCGAUGACACUCGACCCUUUUUCUCCGUCACCUUAUGGAAGAAAGAAAUGCGAUCCAUGGUUGUUGCCGGCGACGUCGUCUUACUACAAAAUGUCAAGAUUACCAAAUUUCGAGACAUUUUCCAGGCGAGAACUGUCGACUGGUCAUCUUUACACCGUCUAGUCCACCCUUACAACUCCCUUGUUUCAAAGGGUUCAGUUGAAUUAGUAGCAGAGUGUAGAGUGGGGAUAGCAGCGAAAGAAAAGCUUAGGAAGGUUAUAGAAUGGGUGCAGCGAACUGGAUACUCUGCUCUAAACAAUGCUGAAGCCAAUAACUGUCAAAGUAGGCAGCUCUCAAGAAACUGGAAACUGCCGGAGCCGAAUAAAUUUAGAGACUGCCCCUCACUUUCAGAAGUAUUGCGCCUGACUAGUCACUGUAAGGCAAUAUUUAGUGCAUCUGUGGGCGAAAUUUUUCUGCCAAUUACUUGGAGGCCCAUUGCUGAAUCUGAGACUGAAAAUAUGUUCAUCAGCGGGAGACUAAAUACAUCGAGAGACAAUAAUUUAGCAGAAGAUCUUAUUUGCACUGGCUGCCGGCUAUGUGGUUCCCCAUUGGAUCCAGAGCAGGGGUCUACGGUUGGGAAGAACUCUGUUCCACUCUAUUGUGAGAAAAGCUCAGAUCGCCUUCAUGCAGUCAGCUUGAUAUAUAGGCCUUGUAUGUUAUAUGUAUGGGAUGAAUCUGAACACAUGCCACUACUGGUCAAAAACGAUGCAGCAGAGAAAUUGUUUGGAAACAUCAAGGCUGAAAGGGUCUAUUUAUGCUAUAGAGAGUACAAGUGCGAUAAAAACCCUGAUCCAGGAUGUACUGAAAGGAGGGUUCCUCGUGGUACAGGCACCAGUAAUUCUCCCAAAGCUGCUGGAACAAGUGAUGCGGAUUAUUGCCCAUCAGAUGCACGUAAGAAGCAGGAAAGUGGGCAAAACCAACGAUGCAAUAAAAACAUAAACAUCUUUCUAAUUUGGUUAGUAAUUCUAAACAUGUUGCUGCAGCAACGAAAGAACAGUCCUUUGAAAUUUGAAGUUGCUGUAAAUGCUAGCCUUGAUACAGAAAAUGGGAGGUUUGAAAUGAUAUCUGUGUCUACUCCAUGCUUCAAAAACAUUUGGUCUUUGGAAUGAAGUCAAUGUUAAUUUUACUUCUGUUGCA